CGCAAUCUCUCCUGCAGCAGUCUCUGCGGCAGCAGCUGAGCUGAGUCGGGCGAGGACUGGGCGCUUAGGUACCCGGCGCGCAAGAGUCGGGGCCAUCGCCAGGUGAGGGUCCCGUCUGCGGAGCGCGCGACGUGCCUGGUUGUGGCGCGUCCUCACGGCUUGGCGCCAUGGGCCCUGGGCCCCCAGCGGCUGUGGCGGGGACGUCCCCGCGGCCGAUGUCCCUGUUGGCGCGGCUCAGCUACGCCGUGGGCCAUUUCCUCAACGACCUGUGCGCGUCCAUGUGGUUCACCUACCUGCUGCUCUACCUGCACUCGGUGAGCGCCUACAGUUCACGUGGCGCUGGCCUGCUGCUGCUGCUGGGCCAGGUGGCGGAUGGGCUGUGUACGCCCCUCGUGGGCUAUGAGGCUGACCGCGCCGCAGGCUGCUGCGCGCGCUAUGGCCCGCGCAAGGCCUGGCACCUAGUCGGCACCAUCUGCGUCCUGCUGUCCUUCCCCUUCAUCUUCAGCCCUUGCCUGGGCUGCAGGGUGGCCACGCCUGAGUGGGCUGCCCUCCUUUACUAUGGGCCCUUCAUUGUCGUCUUCCAGUUUGGCUGGGCUGCCACACAGAUCUCCCACCUCAGCCUCAUCCCAGAGCUGGUCACCAACGACCACGAGAAGGUGGAACUCACAGCACUCAGGUAUGCCUUCACUGUGGUGGCCAAUAUCACCGUCUACGGCGCUGCCUGGCUCCUACUCCACCUGCAGGGCUCUUCACGCAUGGGGCCCACUGAGGACAUCAAUAUCAGCGACCAGCUUGGGGUCCAGGAUGUACCAGUGUUCCGGAACCUCGCCCUGUUGGUGGUGGGCAUUGGAGCUGUCUUCUCGCUGCUGUUCCACCUGGGCACCAGGGAGAGGCGCCGGCAGAGGCUGGAAGAGCCAGAUGAGAGCAGCCCCCUGUUGGCCCCCGUGGCACGCCCUCUGCUGCUCUGGAAAGACUGGCUUCAGGAGCCGGCUUUUUAUCAGGUGGGCAUGCUGUACAUGUCCACGAGGCUCAUUGUGAACCUGUCCCAGACCUACAUGGCCAUGUACCUCACCUAUUCCCUCCACCUGCCCAAGAGGUUCAUUGCAACCAUCCCCCUGGUGAUGUAUCUCAGUGGUUUCUUCUCCUCCUUCCUCAUGAAGCCCAUCAACAAGUGUAUCGGGAGGAAUCUGACCUACUUCACUGGUCUCCUGGUGGUCCUGGUCUUUGCGGCCUGGGUAGCAUUGGCAGAUGGGCUGGGCAUGGCUGUGUAUGGGGCAGCUGUGCUGCUGGGCACCGGCUGUGCCACUAUCCUUGUCACCUCACUGGCCAUGACAGCUGACCUCAUUGGCCCCCACACGCACAGCGGAGCCUUCGUGUAUGGCGCCAUGAGCUUCUCAGAUAAGGUGGCCAACGGGCUGGCAGUCAUGGCAAUCCAGAGCCUGCACCCCUGCCCCUCGGAGCUCUGCUGCAGGGCCUGUGUGGGCUUCUACCACUGGGUGAUGGUGGUCGCAACAGGUGGCGUGGGUGUGGCUGCCACCCUUUCUCUUUGCAGCCUUCUCAUCUGGCCCAUCCGCCUUCGAAGCUGGGACCCCGGCACCCAACCCUGAGCCCCCAUGGACUUCUGUACCUAUGCAAGUGAUCCACGUUUCUGCACGGUGACAUCCAGCCUGAGGCCACUGGGUGAAGCUCCCUGACUUCUGGCUUUGAGUGUGAAGCAGGGGUGAGGGCAGUAGGGGGAACCUAGUAGCUGAUCUUUAGGCAUCCAGGGGCUGUGGGUCCCCACAUUGGAAGGUGCCCCAACCUUAACUCUCAUCCAUUCCCAGCCUCCUCGAGGACUUGGGGUGCCCCUCUCUGGAGUAGAGGGCAGAAAGUGAGGGUUCCAGUGAGGUCCAGGGACUGCCCUGAGUUCAGCCCUAGUUUGCAGCCCACUUCCACCCUGGGGGUCCCUGGAUGGUGUCAGGGUCCCCGGGGAUGGUACUGUUAACCUGAGCCUGCUAGGAGACCUCUGCAAGCUGUACAGACUCAGUGGGCUCUGCUGGAAGUGAAUAAAGAGAGGAUGUGGCCCA